GCCGCCGCACCGUCCCGUUGUCCCUCGCUUCUCCGGCCACCCAUCUGGAGAUAUAGAGAGGGGAGAGAGAGAGAUAGAGGGGGGAGAGGAAGAGGGGAGAGAUUGCUCCGUCGAGAAUUUUUCAAGAUCAGCUUCAAGAAGCUCUGUAGCUCCGGCGAUUCCGCAAUGGCCGUGUCCGAGCCGGAGCACAAGGGUCUCCUCGCCCCGUUCGCGCCGUCCGGGUCCUCUUCGUCUCCGGCGUUGUUCCAGCGGAGGAUCGAGUUCCAUCCCGCCAGGAAGCACUUCAACGGAUACGGGAGCGGCGGCGGGGACUUCAAGAUCGAGACCCUGAACCCGAGCGCGCCGCAGCCGGCUGGAAAGCUCGCGGGGAGCGGCUCCGGGCAGGCCUCGGGGAAGAGGGUGGACGGGCUGGAGCUCGUGGAGGGCUGGUUGGAUCCGGAGCUCAGUUUCGGAGCCUCCGUACAAAGAAUUGGUGCUGGCUUGGAAAAUCUGGGAAACACUUGUUUCCUUAAUUCCGUAUUGCAGUGUCUAACGUACACCGAGCCCUUGGCAGCUUACUUGCAAAGUGGGAAGCAUCAAAACUCUUGUCGGAUAAAUGGUUUUUGUGCCUUAUGUGCUAUUCAGAAACAUGUCAGUCGUGCUUUGAAAUCAACUGGUAGAAUUUUGGCGCCGAAGGAUCUCGUCUCGAACUUGCGGUGCAUAUCUCGGAAUUUCCGAAAUGCUAGACAAGAGGAUGCACAUGAAUACAUGGUGAACUUAUUGGAAUCUAUGCAUAAAUGCUGCUUACCUUCUGGAGUGCCAACCGAAUCACCCAGUGCGUACGAUAAGAGUUUGGUGCACAAAAUUUUUGGCGGUCGUCUACGAAGUCAGGUGAAAUGCAUGCAGUGUUCCUACUGUUCCAACACUUUUGAUCCAUUCCUGGAUUUAAGUCUUGAAAUUGCCAAGGCAGAUUCUGUGGGGAAAGCUCUUAAACAUUUUACGGCAGCAGAGCAACUAGAUGGAGGGGAGAGGCAGUACCAGUGUCAACGGUGCAAGCAGAAAGUCAGGGCUCUUAAGCAGCUUACAGUUCACAAGGCUCCUUAUGUUCUAACCAUUCAUCUUAAGCGGUUUCAUGAUCCUACACAAAAGAUCAACAAGAGUGUCCAAUUUGAUACUGCGCUAGAUUUGAAACCUUUUGUCAGUGGUUCCUAUGAAGGAGAUUUGAAGUACACUCUUUAUGGGGUUUUAGUCCAUCAUGGCUGGAGCACCCAUUCUGGCCAUUAUUAUUGCUAUGUCCGCACGUCUACUAAUAUGUGGUACUCCCUUGACGACAAUCAGGUUCACCAAGUGAGUGAGUCAAAGGUUUUGCAGCAGAAGGCCUAUAUGUUGUUUUAUGUCCGAAAUAGAAACAAUACAACAGCAAGAAAACUGGCUGCUGUUGCUCACAAGGAUGUGAAAGAGAAUGUCGGUGGACCUGGGGCGCCUUUCAUUUCCAGCCAAAGCCCAAAAGGACCUGUAAAAUUAGAUCAGAUGAAGAGUGGCAUCAAUUCAGCAACCUCUCCUACCACCCUUAUUGCGAAAGAUGCAGUAAAUAUUAGUUCAUCAAAUAAGAUCAGUAUGAAGGAAUCAUCAGUCAAGGAAAACCUUGGUCCAGCGCAGGCAGAAUUUCAAGUUAAGAACAACUCCAUUUUGGCUUCUGUUGUGAAGGAUUCAUCAUCAAAGGUUUCUGUGGAAGGACUUGCUCUUGCAAAAGAAAAUUUGGCAUCUGUUAGCCCUACGGGCAUUAGUUCAAAUGAUAAUUUGGAGAAUGCUCCUCUCUCUGCACCUGUUCAUGAAAUUUCUCGGCGCAAUGAUGGAAAUUCCAAGAAAGAUUUGACAGUAUCAAUUCCUGAAUUUCCUGCCAGCACAACUUCCUUGAAAGCUGCCGCUAAGAAGCUUCUCAAGGAUGAAUUAUCUCAAAAGAUAAAUGCUGUCUCAAGUCUUGGUGGUACGACUGCAAAUUCAUGCAAUGAUUCUGCUGACAAGUCUUUUGAGGAAGUUGGACCUGAAAGAUCACCAGAGAAAUCAAUUUGCAAUAGAAGCCGGAACAUUCCUUGUGAAAGUAUUGCCGUUGCAGUGAGUGAGAAGACUGAUAAAACUGGCCAAGGAUUUAAAUCUGAUGUGGCUGUUAACUUUUCUGUCGCAUCCACCACAUCAAAUGUAUUGUCACGUGUGGAAACACUUGAUGGCAAGCCGCGUAAAAAAUUUAGAAAGCAUCUAAAGUAUCAGUUCGCAAGCCUUCAUUUAGGCUCGAACAUACUUUUGCGCGCAUCACUCCGUCCACGUAAGAAGCACAAGAAGAACAAGCAUCACAGGUUAGUUGCGAAGAAUUAUAAUGGAAAACAGCUGAAUAGAGAUCUUAUUGCUUUGGAUUUUGGACCAUCAACGUCAGAAACAACAGAGGUCGUUUCUGUUUCUUCAAAGAGGAGAGGGUCUAAAUCGUGUUCCAAGAAAAGAGUCGGUGACACUUGUUCAAGGAUGACCACGAGUUGUAAUGGCGACUCCUUGGUGGGUGCCAUGGAUGGUGCAUUUAGAGAUAGGACAACUCAAAGUGAUGCUGUUCUUGCAACCGAUUCUUCGUUGAAAAUGAGCAUAAGCUCUCAGUCGUCAGUAAACUUGGGUAAAAGUAGAGAGUAUGAGAGUCUAGAAGACUCUAAGAGGGACACAAUGCAGAACGGUUUGAUGAGCAUGCUUACGCGAGGAUUGGAAGAGACAUUAGUUGCACAUUGGGACGGGAUAGAGUUUUCUCCCUCUCCGACCACGGAAUCAAAUGGUGCAGAGAACACCAGCAUUGGUUAUGUGCUGGAUGAAUGGGAUGAAGAAUAUGAUCGGGGAAAGAGGAGAAAGGUGAGGCAAGCCAAGUUUGAUUUUGGUGGCCCAAAUUAUUUCCAGAAAAUCGCAUCGGAGAAAAUAAAUUUGAAGAAGACAAAACUUGAUAAGGCUAGCUCUGGGAGUUUGCCAUUCAGGAUAUAAGGUGAUCCUAUGGCAGACUUCAAGCUCAGUCUGCUGAUUUUGAUCGUCCGAUUGAUAAAGUCGCAUUACUUGAUUCUUGCCCAGUGUUGUAUGAGUAAAGUCUCCUGCUUCUGGCGUCUAGGUACGAGGCUCUGUGAGAUUGACCAUUAUGACAAUUUCUCUGUUUCUUGGAGAUUUUGUUUGUUCCUUUGAGAGGUGUCUUGGUGGAUCGAGCACUGGGGAAUAUUUCUCUCAGUUCUAGCUUUUUUGUCUGUGAAAUGUAUUUAGCUGUGUGUUCGUGUAUUAGCUAGCUAUGUAAUAAACCUUUGAAAGGGAAGAUUCUUUGAACAGCUGACAAUGUUGUAGCCCAGUAUUUGUUUUUUUUUU